AUGAGCUGGGAUCAACAGUUGAGCUCCAUCAUCUCCGAGGCUGAUGGAAGUGUCGCAAAAAUGAGAGAACGCCUUACUGCGCGUGGAAGAUCUCACAGAGGAACAGAAGAUGUGUUUCCGGUCAGAGAGGUCACAGCCGGUGUUGAUCUGAAGCCGUCUGCAGUUCAGUGGUCAGAUCUGACCGCCAUCCAAACACAAUUACAGCAGCAGAGUCAGGUCAGACUAACACCUGCUCCAAUCACAUGUCAAUGUCCAGCUUUGGUGAUUCAGUCACACGUGAACAGCCAAGAUAGCCAUCGAGGCUUUAACACAGAGUCUUCGAUUACUAGAAAGAGAGCGAAACGCUCAGCAAAGACAAAUACAAACAUUACAAGAGGAGCAGAAGAGACUUCAGAUAAACUGGAGGAGAGAGAGCGGGAUGCAGGGCGGAGAUCACUGAGUCCUGGACCGGACCGACGGAUCGAGCAGUGGAAGAGAGAGAUGGAUCGAGAGCUGAGCAGUCUGAGAGGGCAGAUCAACCGCGCCGCGACUCUAGAAAACCAGGAAGAAAGUUUCAGCUCUAAACUGCGCAGAGAAGAACUGGAGCAGCUCAGGAGAGAGGUGGACAUUCUCAAAAACAAACUCAUGCGGCAGGAGGAAGAUACCUUCCAGCUCCGGUCAGAGGCCAGAGAAACAAGGAGACAGUAUGAACACAGCUCUAAGACGUUGGAGAGUUUUACAGAUUCGUACCGAACGCAGAGUUUCGAUCUAGCUCGGAUGGUGUCACAGUACCAGCACACUCAACAGGAAGUGCGUGACCUCAGAGUCACCGUCUCAGAGCUGAAGGACGAGGUGCGAGGUCUCGUCCUGAGAGAAACCCUCCCCACACCUGCACCUCUACCACACAAACCAGCAGUGGUAACUGUGAAGGCAAGGCCCCAGAGACGCGUGUCGUCAGGGUCCGAGGAUGACUUCAGUCCCACCCCCAGUCUGGGUGAGAUCAGCUCAGAUGAGUUGGAUGCAUCAUGGCUGGAAGAACCAGAGCCACAAACCAGGAGGAGGCGCCGGCGUGUCCGUUUAAAUUCAGACCUUACAGGAAGUGACCUCAGCGACGCUGGAAGUGGGCUUGAUAGUAACCUUAGCAAUGAUGCUGAAGGUUUGGACAGAGUUUCAGACAGUCCUCCAGAUCUCAGUCUCAGUGACCUUUGACCUGAAAGGCCAAUAAAUCUAUGUGCUGCUAUUAGAGGAAAUGGAAACCUCAGUCUUAUGUUGAUGCAAGUAGGUUUGGAGAGUAUAACGGACAGUUCACUUGUGUCCUGAAGGCCCGGACUGUGCUAUUUAUGCUAUAAUUGAUCAAUACGUGCAUGUAAAAUCAAGACCAUGGGCACAGAGUUUUUGCAGUAUUUAUGACUGACACACAUUACUCACAGAUGGUCUUUAUAGGCUUUGCAAGUAUUGCACUGACAUACUCUGAGGUAUUAGCCAUGUAAGUUGCAAAACAGCUUUUGCAAUAAUGCAACGAGUGUUUUCAAUACGCACAUGCAACACGUAACAUCCAUUUAGUCAAAAACAGUUUGACUCUGGUUCUGGUCUUGUGUACAUGUUGUAAUGUAUUUGCAGGCAGUAUUUGUAGCAUGUUUGUCACAGUAAGACUAGAAAUAUGUAUUAAGAAAAUAAAUAGUCAAUUUUGAUUUCAUGUUGACUUGAAAUAAAUAAGUCACCUUUUCAUCACUUAAAAUAAGUGUUGUGAGCCAGAUUUCAAAAAGUGAGAAUUUUGUGUAUUUUAAAGACUUUUAUUAAUUAAAAAAGAACACUGUGUAAUAAGAAACACUUUAAAUGCACUCCCACAAGUUAUUACACGAAGUAAACAUCACACAUCCAUCAGCCAACAAACCACAAGGAAGAAAAUACUGUAUUAUUGACUUACAGUAUUAUUACUGUAUAUUGAAUCAAUAAAAAAUGUUGAAUGUUGAGUCUAUAGCUACAUUUUGUUCAUUUUUCGCAGUUAUAUAAAACAUUUUAGGCACAAGAAAAGCAUUAAAAUUAUGGCUAUUUAUUGACUAAAGGUCUGUUUUUUUACCAUCUUUGUCAAAGUGCACACACAUGGAUUUUUUUUCUUAAAACAUAAGGUUGAUAUAACAGUUGAAUUUUGCAACAUCAUGAGCCAAGAGCCAGUUGCAUUUUCAACACUGUUGUUUUGUCUGUUUGGUGACAUUCCAAAUGAUGUAAACAAUUCCACAUUUUCACUUGAAGUGAACUGAACGUCUGU